UAUAGAGAUCCUCCAAUUGUGCAAGUCCAAGUGCCACAAAAUUUCAUCGUCCAGCUUUGCGUCUCUACUCUGUAUCCUUAGCCCUCUUUGUUGACCGCAAAGCUCAAAAUCGCCAUGGGAGAUGUCAGAGGAAAUUCCAAUAGCAAUCGGCCAGAGUGGUUGCAACAGUAUGAUUUGAUAGGGAAAAUUGGGGAAGGGACUUACGGGUUGGUUUUUUUGGCUAAGAUCAAAGCUAACCGUAGCAAAUCUAUUGCUAUCAAGAAGUUCAAGCAAUCCAAGGACGGUGACGGCGUUUCCCCCACCGCCAUUCGCGAAAUCAUGUUGCUUCGGGAGAUAUCCCAUGAGAAUGUUGUAAAGCUUGUCAAUGUGCAUAUCAACCAGGCAGAUAUGUCUCUCUAUCUCGCUUUUGACUAUGCCGAGCAUGACCUCUAUGAAAUUAUCAGACACCAUAGAGACAAGGUCAUUCUUUCAAUCAAUCCGUACACUGUAAAGUCUCUGUUAUGGCAGCUGCUUAAUGGUCUCAAUUAUCUUCACAGUAAUUGGAUUGUUCAUCGAGACCUAAAGCCAUCAAACAUCUUGGUAAUGGGCGAGGGAGAAGAACAUGGAGUUGUUAAAAUUGCUGAUUUCGGCCUUGCAAGAAUUUAUCAAGCUCCACUGAAACCAUUAGCUGAGAAUGGGGUUGUAGUCACUAUCUGGUAUCGUGCGCCGGAGUUACUGCUUGGGGCUAAACACUACACAAGUGCAGUUGAUAUGUGGGCCGUUGGCUGUAUAUUUGCUGAGCUUCUUACUCUAAAGCCACUAUUUCAAGGGCAAGAAGUGAAGGGCACACCAAACCCUUUCCAGCUUGACCAACUGGACAAGAUAUUUAAGGUUCUCGGACAUCCCACACCAGAAAAAUGGCCAACACUGGUAAACCUUCCGCAUUGGCAAUCUGAUGUGCAACGAAUUCAAGGACAUAAGUAUGACAAUCCUGCACUUUAUAGUGUUCUGCACAUGUCUCCCAAAAGUCCUGCAUACGACCUUCUUUCAAAGAUGCUUGAAUAUGAUCCUCGUAAAAGAAUAACAGCAACACAAGCUCUAGAGCAUGAGUACUUCCGGAUGGAACCUCUACCUGGCCGCAAUGCACUUGUACCACCACAACCUGGAGAAAAAGUUGUGAAUUAUCCAACUCGACCUGUGGACACAACUACAGACUUUGAAGGAACCAUUAGUCUUCAAACGUCUCAGCCGGUAUCAUCUGGAAAUGCAGCAUCUGGUGGCAUGCAUGGUCCCCAUGUUAUGCCAACUAGAUCUGUACCCCGACCAAUGCAAAUGGUGAACAUGCCAAGGAUGCAACCUCAGGGCAUGUCUGCUUAUAAUCUUGCUUCUCAAGCUGGCAUGAGUGCUGGAAUGAACCCUGGAAACAUGCCCAUGCAGCGUGGUGUUGCUGCUCAGGCACAUCAGCAGCAGAUGAGAAGGAAAGAUCCAGGAAUGGGAAUACCUGGAUACCCUUCACAACAGAAAUCUAGGCGGUUCUGAAAGUUUUUCUCAAUGACAAUCAUGCACAUACAACUCUGCAGGUGGAUUAACGUUUCUGAAGCUGGCAAUGUUAAUGAACACAAGUAGAUGAGGCUGAAGAGGGUUUACAGAUAGGCAGUACUAUGUCAGACUUGGAUACAACAAUGUUCUUUAGUGUCUCAGUCGAACAUGAUUGCGUAAAGAAUAACUAGUGUUGUGGGUGAGAGAUAUCAGCAGCAGUCAGUAACAGAUCUGUGAUAGCGAUGGUCAGCUGUCCAUUAUUAUAGAGCUGUGUAUACAAAUAAUAUGUACACCAACCAAUUGUCAUUGUGUAUCAUCGUUUUUACUCCAUCGGUGGCAUUGCAAUUGAAAUAGUUAGAAAUGAUGUAUAGUUAAGAAGGGAAUGGAUGUACAAAUGAAUAGUACAUGAGUUGGGGUACCCUCCAGUAAUCUUCACCAACUGCAGAUGCUAAUGUAUUUAUGCAAAUAUCCAAUUUAACAUUUCACUCUUCUAAGCAACAAAUAGUAUCAUGUUUCUUCUU